CCAUUGAUCCCUCCCCCUCCGGGGAUUAUCUCCAAUUUCGCACAUCCGACCGACGUCCUCCACACGAUAAACCUGGUAACGCAACUCUCGUGCAUCAUCGCUGUGACAGUUGCUGUGACAUUGCGCGUAAUUCUGAAGAUACGCCUUCGAAAGAAGCUGGAAUGGGAAGACUUAAACGUUUACGGGGGUGGAUAUCAUGGAUGGGAUGUCCCAAAGAGUGACUUCGUGGACUUCCAGAAGUCACUAAUGAGCAUCCGAGCGAAGGCAUCCUAUGCAAUCACCAUCAUCUACGUCCCCAUGGCUUAUGUUGUCAAGCUCGCGCUGCUCUCCAUCCUGCUACGGAUUUUCGCCCCCGACCGUCGCAAGGUCCUUGUCAUUCACAUCAGCUUGCUUGUGCUGUUGCUAUACUAUAUCCCUGCCUUGUUCAUCAAAGUGUUUUUCUGCAAACCUAUUUCGGCAUUUUGGUACGGAACGAGUAACGGCGGGACAUGCUUAGACCAGCGGAAAGUCAUCAUCGCCGACUCAGCCAUCAGUAUUGCUAGCGACUUGUGGAUCCUGAUCCUACCGGCACCGUUGCUAUGGUCACUGCACAUGUCAACCAUAAAAAAGCUCCGAGUCAUCGGCAUUUUGAGCGCAGGCGGGAUAGCCACUGCGUUCAGUAUCUGGCGAUUAGUGAUGAUGGUCAGGGAGCCCCCGACAGCAGAUAUAACAUGGGCCUGGAUCCAUGUUGUGUUAACAGCAAACGCCGAAGCAGCCAUUGGGCUAAUAUGCGCUUGUCUGCCCUCGUUGAGCGCAUACGUUAUUUCCGUUAAGGACAAGAACAGCAACGCCAAUAGUGGCAGUUAUCUGCGUAGCCAUGAGCUCGACAACUGGAAGAAGAUGAUUGGCUCCAAAAACCACAACCAUACGAACUCCUUUCAAACCCAGCAGAAUGAUCAGACACACCUCAUCUCCAUUGCUGGAUGUGCUGAGGCCCCUGAGGGAUCGUUAAAUAUUCUGCCUUCUCGGCGGAAUAAUACUCCUGGUCGCCAUGGUAUACGUAUGGAGGUUACUGUUUCUCAGAGUUAUGAAUUCGUGGGAUAG